AUGACCGGCACAGCGUCCAGCAAGAUGGAGCAAGAUGUUUAUGGGAACAAAAGUCCGGCUGCGGAGGCGGUGUUGAGAGAGGGAGAGGGAGAAGUUCCUGUCAGCGUCUUGGAAGAUGGAUCGCUGGAUCCUGUGUACGAAGCCAAGGCGAAGGUGCUGAAUAAGGCGAUUCAGGAUAUUGGUAUGGGGAGGUAUCAAUGGCAGCUCUUCAUAGUCAUCGGCUUCGGCUGGGCAAUGGAUAACCUCUGGCCAAUCGUCACCUCUCUAAUCUUCACACCCAUCACCAACGAAUUCCACCCAAACCGGCCGCCUUUGUUGUCCCUCUCCCAAAACAUUGGUUUGCUUGUUGGCGCCGUGUUUUGGGGUUUCGGCUGCGACGUGUUUGGCAGACGGUGGGCGUUUAAUCUCACCAUUGGGAUUACGGCUGUGUUUGGGUUGGCGGCCGCGGGGAGUCCUGGGUUUGGCGCUAUUGGGGUGUUUGCGGCACUUUGGUCGGUUGGGGUGGGGGGGAAUUUACCGGUGGAUAGUGCGAUUUUCUUGGAGUUUCUGCCAGGGUCGCAUCAGUAUCUUUUGACGGUACUGUCGAUUUAUUGGUCGUUUGCUCAGGUCUUUGCUACUCUGGUUGCUUGGCCGCUGCUGGGCAAUAUGACGUGUCAGCAGAGUGACGACAACUGUACAAAGGAGAAGAACAUGGGGUGGAGAUGGUUUAUGCUUGUCAUGGGCGGCGUCGCUCUCCUAAUGUUCAUCGCCCGCUUCCUCCUCUUCACAAUCUUCGAGUCACCGAAAUUUCUCAUGGGCAAAGCCAACGACAAAGAAGCCACCCGAAUCGUGCAUGAAGUCGCGCGGCGCAACGGAAAAACCACCCCUUUAACCCUCUCUGACCUACAAACUUGCGACCUUGUCGCCCGCCCGGGCACCACCUCCACUACUCGCACCCGCAAUCCCGCCACAGCAGCCAUCAGACGCAAUCUAGAAAAAGUAGACAUGUCGCACAUCAAAGCCCUCUUCGCUACGCCCAAACUUGCCUUAUCUACAACGCUCAUCACCACAAUCUGGGCCUUGAUUGGUCUCGGCUACCCCCUCUACAACGCCUUCCUGCCCUAUAUCCAAGCCACGCGCGGCCUAAACUACGGCGACGGUUCCACAUACAUCACCUACCGCAACAGCCUCAUCAUCGCCGUCCUCGGCGUCCCGGGGUGUCUGCUCGGCGGCCUCUUGGUAGAAACAAGGCUUCUCGGCCGCAAAGGCACGUUAUCCCUGUCUACCAUUCUAACGGGUGUUUUCCUCUUGGCUUCCACUACGGCAACGUCAUCCAACGCGCUGCUUGGAUGGAACUGCGCCUUCAACUUCAUGUCGAAUAUCAUGUAUGCGGUGCUGUACGCGUAUACGCCCGAGAUCUUUGCGACCAAAGAUCGCGGUACGGGGAAUGCGGUUACGGCGAGUGCGAAUCGCGUGUUUGGUAUCAUGGCGCCGAUUGUGGCCAUGUUUGCGGAUUUGCGGACUAGUGUGCCGGUGUAUGCGAGUGGGGGGUUGUUUGUCGUGGCUGGCGUGUUGGUGCUGGCGUUGCCGUUUGAGAGUCGGGGGAGGGCUAGCCUUGUACGAUCGUACGGAUUGAAUAACAACAACGAGGUUCUUCUGGUGACUGGUAUUGGUAUUGGUUUUCUACGAACAUAG